GCCCUCCGGCGCGCUGUGGCCGGCAGAUUGGCGGCCUGCCUCGGUGGCGGGUGACCUUAGGUCGUGGUGUCCCGCCCGCCAUGGCGGCUGUUCGGGGCCUGGCUGCGUCGAGGUUGGCAGCCUCCGCAUUCGUAUCCCCUUCGGACCGCCUGCGGCUUCUGUGCGCCCCGCGAGCGGCCCUUCACGGCUCCGCGCCGCGCGGCGGGGCUAAGGUCGCGGUGGUGCUGUCCGGCUGCGGGGUCUACGACGGGACGGAGAUCCACGAGGCGUCCGCGAUCCUGGUGCACCUGAGCCGCGGGGGGGCCGAGGUCCAGAUCUUUGCUCCGGACGUCCCUCAGAUGCACGUCAUUGACCACACCAAGGGGCAGCCCGCUGGGGGCGAGACCAGAAACGUCCUGAAGGAGUCAGCCAGGAUUGCCCGAGGCAAGAUCACCGACCUGGCCCAGCUCAGUGCAGCCAACCACGACGCUGCCAUCUUCCCGGGAGGCUUUGGUGCUGCCAAGAACCUGAGCACGUUUGCCGUGGACGGGAAGGACUGCAAGGUCCAUCGCGACGUGGAGCGUGUCCUGAAGGAGUUCCACGGCGCCGGCAAGCCCAUCGGCUUGUGCUGCCUCGCGCCCGUGCUCGCGGCCAAGGUGCUCAGAGGUGUCGAGGUCACCGUGGGCCAUGAGCAGGAGGAAGGCGGGAAGUGGCCGCACGCGGGGACGGCGGAGGCCGUGAAGGCCCUGGGCGCCAAGCACUGUGUGAAGGACGUGACCGAAGCCCACGUGGACGGGAAGAACAAGGUGGUCACCACCCCAGCCUUCAUGGGUGAGGCCGCGCUGCACCACAUCCACGACGGCAUCGGCCUCAUGGUGAAGAAGGUGCUGGAACUCACGGGGAAGUGACGGCGGCCCCGCCCCACGGCCCCCUGGCUCCCCGGCACCCCGGCCACGGCCCUGGAGCGGGGCCCCCCUCGCUGAAGGGGCGGGGGUUAUUUUUCCGCUUCCAUCUGUAGCUGCUUUCCCCAGGGAGGGGCCCCGUGACACCUGGGCGUGGGGGGCCCGGACCCUCGGUCCCCUCCCAGGCACACGGGGCGGGCAGCUGCCAGUGUGCCCUGCCCCUCAGCCGUGGGUCCUGGCAUUAAAGUCAGCUCUUUCAGGAGAAUCAAGUGGAAAAACACGACUCCAGUCUUGGGCUGAUGGCUCAGGAAUCUUAGUUUUGGGAAGAAAAAAAUUUGUAGGUUUACAGUGUAAUCAAGAAACCAGAAACACCAUUUACUGAAGAAAGCCCCCCGGGUCGCCACCCGUGAGGCCGGACCCCAGGUCCCUGGCAGA